GAUGUCAUCCGUAUUAAAUAUCCGGCUAUAAAUAGUGGCCCCCAUGUCUUCAAUCCCCCUGCAAAUUUAACCAUCAACUUAGACCCUCUGCCAACAGUGAUACGUCAUACACUACUACAGCAAUGUCGCUAUUCUCUGAACCAGACACAUCUCUCUACUCUAGCCCGACCACGGUGAACGAAGGAUAUCUCUUCUCUAACCCUACCAUGGUGGACGAAAGCACCCGGCAUCAUGCCUUCCCUUCUGAUAGAUCAGAUCGCAGUAGUGACGUUGAUCGCAUGCUUCUGCGCACACUUCUCGCACUCCCUAACUUAGACUAUAAUGCAUGGUCGGAAUGGGAGGUUCCAUCCCUUGGGUCUUGUUGGCCUACUGACGACCCGCUCCAGCUCGAAGUCGCCCAAAUUAUUGAUGCCCCUCUGGCCGACCAAGAACGUCUCGAAUUAAAUUGGAAGAUAGAAGAAUUGCGGCGCCCAGGAAACCGCUACGCUUACGAGUACUGCAUCGAAAAGCACCGAAUCAGUAGAAUAUUCCAAACGUCAAAGGCUAAAAUGAAUCCUCACGAACUCGGCAUAUGGAACCCUGCAUGGGAUGUCGCCUUUCUUCCUUGCUUUGAGGGGCCCGAUCCUUGCCGGAUCAGUACGCCGGCCGAGUGGGAAUGGGAGUGGGAAUCAGAAAAAAGGCGCCGGCCUGGUCCUUGGGUCAAGCAUCGGGACCAAGCAUCCGACGCGCCAUUCAAUCUCAGCAUUUCCCCGGCGAAGGUGGCCGAGGGCGCCUCCAUGAGGGAAGCUGAGGCUUUCAUCGUUUCCAGACCGUGGCUCGUCUACGAGAUGCACAAGGCUGAGAACAAGAUUCGAUUCAAGCGUAUUCCCCCUAGCCUACUAUGGAGGCUAGACAUGUGGUUCUUUCCUGAGGGUCAAGAAAGGCGCGUGUGGAAGGAGAGGGGAGAAUGGAAUGAUAGCUGGGACGAACCAGGAAUAAAAGAGCAGAGUAUUCAGCCCGGGUGGACAUGGCGAGACGAGAGCCCGGAGCCGGAGCUUGACGACAUCUUACAGUUUGACACGGCAGACCUUGACCCAUGCGAUCUCUUGGAGUGGGAGGCUAUACCGCUCCCAUCGCUGUCGACGAUGACAUGGCCUCCCUAUCGUGUUUUAGGAAAUCCAACCAUUCGAUUCUGUACCCCAUGGACAGUCGGGAGCUCCAUGUCAGCAAUUUCUCAUGCUCUGGAUCGCGAUGAUGAGAAACGGGAUGGUGAGCCGUCGGAUCACGAGCUAGAAGCUGGGGUUGCGGACAUUACAGCCACGAACCAGGGGCCUCCAACAUUCGCAUCAGUGCCCAUCUGUUCAACCCCGGUCCCAAGAGUCCUUUCCGGUCUCAUUUUGUCUCCGCCGCCAGGGGACGAGCUGGAAGCUACUGCGUCUGCAGCAACGCCUCCGGACAGAGCGACCGCCUCGCUUGCGCCAAGAGACGCCAUCUGCGUGCCCCCGGUGCCCGGCACUUCAGGCGUCCUGUUUGUGUCGGCGCUGUCAAAGGACGACCUACGAAGCCUCUUUUCGUCUCAGCCAAUCCAAGACGAGCUGGAAGCUGGGCCGGUGGGAGUGACCCCGGACAGCGCCGCCGCCUCGUCUCCACCGGCAGAAGCAAUUAUGGUGCCACACGUUUCCAGCUCUCCAAGCGCUCUUCAAGUGUCUGCACUGUCGAAGGCACAACUCGAGAGCCUUUUCCCGUUGGGGGGCAGGCGGGAAGCUGGACCGGCAGACGGCUCGUCGCCGACCAAAGAUAAGAUUCCCGCUCCGGACAUCUUCAUUUUAUCGCGAAUCACCAAGGAGCAACUACAGCUCCUCUUCUGAUCUGGGUUAUCAAAGAGGAGAGCAAACUGGGAGCCUGCUGAGGAGAGCUGGGAUCAUUAUGUGGGGACACGGUAGUGGUAAGGUGGCUUACAUGGCGUGAAGGUGUACAUUGGCUUCGUAUCGUUUUUGGCUUGCUGCUCUCUUUUUACAGUGCUUUAGUUCAAUCCAAGUUUAAUAAACCGGAAGGUCUGUUUCAGAAUGACUCAUUACCCAGCAUGGUGACGGGGCAUGCGUAUAUCUUGCUUUGUCGUUGUUCUAAGAUUUCCAGUGACAUCCCAUCUUCCGG